AUGUCGAAUCUAUUGCCUCUGCUCUGCAUUUGUGCCAUGCUCCCCACCACAACACUCGCGGCCAUGAUCAACUCUAAACGCCAAAGUGGAAGUGAGGUUGACACCGAAGCUGGAGCUUCAGGAGGCUCCGGAGGUGGAGGUUCCUAUGUCAGUCAAGCAGGCGUUAUCGCCAUCAUUGUGAUUGUGGUAAUCGUGGUAGUAUUGGGCAUUGCCUCCACUGUUCUUUUUGUCCUAGCAAAGCGUCGUCAAUGGGACGUCCGAGCAUCCAUCAAACGGGCUUCGCGGCGAUUUACAGGUCGCGGUGGAGCCAGCCAGGCAGCAACAGAUCGACAAUCGAGGCGUGUAGGGAUGCAGAUGAGCGACAUGCCGAUUCGACAAGGACACACGAAGCGCGGGCCAGCUGUGGCGGUGAGAGAUGUUGAGAAAGGGAGCAACAGUUCUUCGGAUAAGAAUGUUGCGCACUCGAAGAAGCCGGAAGGGUCCUGGCUUUGGAGAAAUGACUGGAAACGAUGA